UCCCAAUCACGACUACCAAAACUCCCCCAUGGCUAUGGGUGUAACUUCCCUUUAUAACCUUUCAUGUCCUCCCUACUAAAUGCUUCAUUCCCACCAUGUCCACCACCGUCUUUUUCUUCCUCCUCCUCCUAUCCACCUCUGCCGCUGCCACCACCACCACCCUCGCCUCCGAUGUAUCUGCACUCAAAGCCAUUAAAUCUGCCAUUAAUCCCACCACCAUCCCUUCCUACUCUUGCUUAGCCUCCUGGAAUUUCACUUCUGAUCCCUGCUCCAACCCUCACCUCACUCACUUUCUCUGUGGUCUCUCUUGCUCCGGCAACCGAGUCACCCAACUCACCUUCGACCGUGCCGGUUACUCCGGAACUCUCUCCUCAUUCGUUUCUAAACUCACCCAACUCCUUACCAUUGAUCUCUCUGAUAACAAAUUCUCUGGCCCAAUCCCAACUGCUCUCUUCUUUCUUCCCAAUCUCCAGACCCUCAUCCUCCGAUCUAAUUCCUUCUCUGGAACCAUCCCACCUGCUAUUUCCAGUCUCACAUCAAUCCAAACCCUAGACGUCUCUCACAAUUCACUAACCGGGUCAUUGCCAGAUACAUUGAGUUCACUCACCUUGACUCGGCUUGAUCUGAGUUUCAAUAAACUUACGGGACCAAUCCCGAAACUCCCCAAAAACCUGCUUGAACUCGCAAUUAAAUCCAAUUUACUAUCUGGGUAUCUAUCAAAAACAUCCUUUAACGAGUUGACUCAGCUGGAAGUGGUGGAACUCAGUGACAACUCGCUCACUGGAACAAUCCCCGGCUGGUUCUUCCUCCAACCAUCCAUCCAGCAAGUCAAUCUAGCGAAUAACGGUUUCACUGGUAUCGAGAUCUUAAAACCCACCGACAGCAACCUCAUCGCCGUCGACAUCGGAUUCAACAAAAUCGCCGGAUACCUAUCGGCGAACUUCUCGGCGUAUCCUAUGUUGUCGUCUCUGUCACUCCGAUACAACAAGCUUCAUGGACCGAUCCCGUCGGAGUACAGCCAAAAGGCGACGUUGAGAAGGUUGUUUCUGGACGGAAAUUACUUAAGUGGGUUACCGCCGAAGGAGUUUUUCUCCGGGAAGUCGUCGGUUUCCGGCAGCUUAGGGGACAAUUGCCUGAGGAGUUGUCCGACAUCUUCGCAACUUUGCUUGAAAUCGCAGAAACCAUCGUCGAUUUGCCAGCGAGCAUACGGUGGAAAGGUGAAACCAAAGUCGUAGCGUCGGCCCAUGUUUCGGGAUUCCUUUUUUAGGGGUAGGAUUAAAUAUAUUUUAUUUUCGUAA